UGACUGGACACAGUCCAAUCAUUUAAUAACUCAUUUCAACACAGUCCAAUCGUAUGAGCGACGCGCCGAUUGUUCUCGACGUGGGCGGGACGCGCUUCAAGACGUCGUGGACGACACUGCGCUCGGUUCCUGGCUCGCGCUUUGAUGCGAUCGCGUCCGGCCAAUGGCUGCCCGAAAGCGACGGAAGCUACUUUUUGGACCUGGACCCAAAGUACUUUGACCGUGUCCUCAACCACCUCCGCUGCGGAGCGUCGCUGUACGCAGGCCUCCAGUCGUGGGAACGGACAGAGGUCGACCGCCUCCGCAUAUGCUUGCACCUCGUCUCUCGCAACACGACAAGCAUUCCGUCGUGGGACUAUGUGAGCUGCGGUGCAGGUCUCGAGAUCACGGGCCACGAGCGUGUCGUGGCCGUGCACCAUAAAGUGCGUUCGAUGCGCUUCGCACGAGGCACGACCCCUUGCGACCAGUUUUGCGUGCACUUGACCGCGAACGGCAAUGUGAGCGACGUGGCUUUGGGCUUUACGACCAUCGAAGGCUUUGAACCGCAGUACGACAAAGUGCAGUACGGCAUGGUCGCGCACUGCUGGCACCAUCAACGCGUCACGCGGGACGAGGUCCGAGGCGCUUGCUUCCAGGCCAACAACCCGCACAGCGACAGCUUCCCACCCGACAUGGACCUUCUUGUGAAGUGGCACCGCCAGAGCCACACGCUGUCGAUCACAUGUGACGCUACGGACGUAAGUUUUUCCAUCAUAUUUCCAGCACCAAGCGCGACGCUCCAGCUGUACCCGGUUGUCGGCCUGUUGCCCGUGCGAACGUCGUCGGUCAGCGACAUGCACGCGGGCCAUGGACCCCAGACCGUCCACAACACGAGCAUUGAAGCUAGCUUGGUGCCCCUGCCCGAGUCCACCGCGUAGCCACGAGUCUGGUGCGCACCGUCAAGGGCCCUUGUCAUGCUUUUCGCGGGCGCUGCCUGCGGUAUCUUUCCGGUUACGUAGCUAAUGCGCGUGAAAUAAACCUAAUAAACCCAUAAAAACAGAAA